GGCGCGAUUUUUUGAGUAUGGAAUGGCAAGCUAAAACUAACUGGGUUUAUAAUAAGGGGAAAAAUCACAAAUCGGAAACUUUUAUUCGUUGAGGAUUUAUAAAGAGAUAGUUAUUGAUUUUGAUGGAGUAUGUAAAGCCAACAGGAUGCUAUCAGCCUCUGACAUCGGACCAGACUCCAGCCUCUUCUCUAGCUGAAGAUGUAGCUUUUGCUGAUAUUACGAAAGUCAGCCCCGAAGAAUUUGCAGUAAGUGUGUCAUAUAAAUAAUACCGCAGAAACAAAUCACUUUGAUAGAACUUUCGUACUUUAAAGCCAUACAUAGAGAGGAGUUUGCAAGUUUAAAAUGGAAUGGCAGGGAAAAACACUUGUGCGCUCCGAAUAUCGUUGCCUCAACCAGAUGGUUUAAUCAAGUAAUUUAUGUUUGUGCUUAAACGUUUUCAGAUUAAUUUCUGGGUUCAAAAAGAAAUCUUAAAAUACUCAUGCGUUUCAAAGAGAACUGAGAUGUUGUCAUUUUUUAUCAAGAUUUCCAAAGUAGGUUUGUGUUUGUUUCUUCAAAUGUAUUGCACUAUCAUAUCACACAGUCCGUCAAACUUCGUCUUUUCAUGUUACCUAAAGUUACCGAGACAUUGUUUUAGAUAUAUUAUUUCUAUUUAACUAAACACAAUAUGUUUUCAAACAGCCUUUGAAAUUCUGUUUUUGUUUACUCCAGAAACUUGUGGAAUUUAAUAAUCUGUACUCUGCUAUGUCAAUAAUAUCUGCUCUACAAGUGGAAUGCAUAUAUCGUUUGAGGCACACAUGGGCUGGUCUCGGAAACAAAGAUCGUGCAGCGUACAGGCGUCUGGAGGAGCUUUUCAGUCAGAAUGAUAAUUGCCGCAGACAGCGUGAACAUAUGAAUUCUAUCAGUCUUCCUGGUAUCCCUUACCUAGGUUUAUAUUUGUCUGAUUUAACGUAUACAAAUGUUGCUCAACCGCGUAUAAAUGGAAAACCAACUGCCGUAUGGUUCACAAAAAUCAACUCGAUUAUUGAUAAAAUAGCAUAUUUUCAACAAUCUGAAUACUCCUUUGCUGUGGAUGAAACUCUCAAUGCAUAUCUAUGUGCUCAACGCUACAUAGAAGAGUUACAGAAGUUUCUAGAAGAAGAUAAUUAUAAAACUUCACUUAUUUUAGAACCUCCUCCUACGUUACCCACACCAUCCUUGUCAUAUUUACCUCAGAAAAUAUACGGAACAACUUCCUCAACCAUCUCUAGUUCCAAUAAUAGCAAUCUAGACAAUAGUAAUAUUUUAAAGAACCAAAAUAGUUCAUCAACAAACGCAUGUCAUUCAAACAAUACUGGGUUAUUAUUUGACGGGCGGAAUAGUGGAUUUGGAUUCCGAUCACCGUCAAAGCUGUCAAAUUUUGUUCAUAAUACAAAAAAUUCUCAUCAUUAUCAAAAUCACAGUCGUCAUGGGUCUAAUGUCUCAUGUAAAGGUGCAACAGUUAAUUCUAGUUUCGAAGCAGAUCUAUUACCUACACUGAUGACGAAACACAUUACACAUUCAAAUGACCAUAUAAACAAUUCCAUACAAGUCUCUAAUUCAAACAAAUUAUUGGAGUGCAAAACCGAUCAGCUCAAAUCUAUGCGUAAAGUAUCUUGGGAACAAACUGAAGGCAUUACUAAGGACGAGACAUCUCAAUCACAACAUCUACGGAAAGAAUUCUCCACAUUACCUAGACCUAAAACUAAAAAUUCCCUAAAUGUGACAGAUUCCGAUUUCCUAUGCACUUCAGAGCCCCAGUCUAGUACUCAAGAAUUGGAGUUUCUUUUUCCUGAACAUACAAGUUCACAGUUGCCUCCAAUUCCACCAAGACCAUUUAUUGAUUGUGAACAAACAAAACAUUCUACUCCUAGUCGAUCGGAAUUAAAAUCUGAACAACUAAAUCUCAGUCAAUCACUCGUAACAACUGACCAAUGUAUCAGUCCGAAGUUAUCGUCUACAAAUUAUUGCAAAUCGUUUUCUGUUAGUGGAUCACUUCCUGUUAACGAUGUUUCACAAUCAAAUAUACCAGCUACGUCAUCAGUCACUAAUCUUUUGUCAGAAUUGAGUUUAUGUUCUAUGAAUGAUGUAUUCAACUCGUCUGCGGUUGCUGUAGCCGCAUGCGCAACUUCUUUAAGUGCCGUAGAUGCUUCAUGCACCACACCAUCUGCACCAUUGUCAUCAUCAUCUGUAGCGGCGAUAAAUCCUAGCUGUGGUAAAUUUGACGAUGUACCAUCAUCAGAUAAAUCUUUUGAACAUCGUUUUUCAAUACUUGCUACAUCAACUCCACCGGAAUCACCAAAUGUCAAACAAAAUUCAUCAACUACGGAGGCACACAUCAACAACAGUCCGUGCAUUUCAUACUCGUCAGUAGUCCCUGACUAUUUUGGUGUUAGAGUUAUAUGUCAAGGUGUUGUUCAACGUCGAACUGUAUACCGUUUCACACCAACAACAAAUACCAAUCAAAGUUUCGACACUGUUUGUUCAAAUAGUCCUAUGUUUACAUCGUCAAUGCAUGCUUCUAAUUCUUCUCUAUCUGGUUCUUCAGUGAUUGUCUCGGGAUCGACGGCUACAAGACAAAUGUUUCACAAUCCAUCCUCUGCGUGUCGACCAUCUGGGUUCUCUAAAUGGCGUCGUUUGUGGGCUACUUUGGUAAUGGUAGGUGAUGGUCUCACUGCCUACAUGAUUUAUUUUGAACCAAAAGUAAAGAAUGCAGUCUACCGCAAUCAGUUUCAGGCUCAUCAAUGCCAAAUACAUUGUCUGUUUAGUCCUCCUGCACUUAGUGCUUUCAAUUGUCAGAGUAAAGGGAAUAAUUUUAAAAAACUACAGAAUCCAACUGAUGACCCGGCAGAAGUAGACGUAGCUGAGGUUUCGGAGCUUCUAACAGAAUCAGACUGCAAAUCCGAGAUCUGUACUAAUAUUCAUUUUAAAACUGAUUAUGACCUUCCAAAUCCCAACUUAUUCAUGGCUGCGAAAGCAGAGCCUGGUAAACAUCGAAAUGGUACUUUAGACCCAGACUCCUUUUUGCUGACUGACUUCAUUCUUGGCAAAACCUAUCGCUUUCGACCAAUGGUUUUUCCCGCAGAAAACCCUAAAACUAAUUCUUUACCAAAACCUGACACUAUUCGUUCCAGUGGAGCAUUAAAUUGGUUUCUUCGUAGUGGCCUACAAAAUUCCCGUGCCUGCUCUAGAGUAUCUCAGUCAUCUGGACAAUCAUUUUCGCCAGAAGUAAAUAGCCCUGGUCGUACACGUGGUCUAUCAGCUCCGGGAUCAUUUAUUCAUCCCUAUGUUGGUUCUCGUUCUUCUGUUAAGAAAGGCAAGAGAGUUGCUAUAACUGAACUUAGAGACUCAUCUACACUCGAAUGUUUAUCGACCAACGAGAAUGUUGAUCUAUGGCUAAAAUGUAUUCAGUCUGUUAUGGGACAAAUCUAUAAAGCGUAUCUACGCCAAAUUGUCUCGUCGCACUGUACGACUCAAUCAAAAGCCACAAAUAGAACAAAUGACAUUUAGUCAUUCAUGGAUGUACUUGUCAACAGUUUUGGUCAUAACAGUCAUUUGUUUGCAUUUCAUUGUGCUUAUUUAGUCACGCUUGCUUACCAAUUUUUGUUUCCUUCAACACUAUUUAUCCGGUGUUUUCAUUCUCUUUGGAUAAUUUAAAAUACUACAUGUACAUAGAUUUUAGUCGUUUAGAUUGUUUGUGUUUUAUUUUACUCGUAUGCUUAUUAAAUUCAGGUUUAUUUCUAUUUUACAAUGAUUGAUUUAAAACCUUUACUAGUAUAGUUAAAUGAAUUGUUUUGAUAUCUUAUUACUUUAUGUAUAACUUACCUCUACACCCAGUGUUUUGUGCAUGUAGAAGAUAUUUUCAACUAAUCAUUAUGGAUUUUAUUCUUUUCUAGUUUAAUUUUACAUCCUUCUGUCAUAUACCUUGAUAUUUCAGACUCAAUCUUUGCAUUUGUUUAGCUCUGUGCUAAUAAUGAUUUCCGAGUACAAUUUUAUUUGUUAUCAAAUGUUUAGUAAUAUAUUCUAUUACUUCUUUUGUCCAUU